CAUCCAAGAGUUUAGCUCUUCAUAGUGUUCUCAUAAAAAAAAAUAAAAAAAAUAAAAAAAAUUUGCAGUUGACGGUUGAUCAAUAGUAGUGGAAAAGUAUGGUGCUUCAGACAAUUGAUCUUUUGAGGAAUGAGAUUCCUCUUGAGCAGGAGACUGUAAAUUUCUCUGAAGACGCUGUGAUUGGUCUUGUUCUUGUGGACAUCAUCAAUGGCUUCUGCACAGUUGGUGCUGGAAAUCUGGCUCCAAGAGAGCCGAAUAGGCAGGUAUCCGGGAUGAUCAGCGAGUCAGCAGCACUGGCGAGGCAGUUUUGCGAGAAAAAGCUGCCGGUCAUGGCUUUCCUUGAUUCUCACCAACCAAACAAACCUGAAGACCCUUAUCCUCCUCACUGCAUUGCUGGGACAGACGAGUCGAAUUUGGUUCCCGCUCUAAGAUGGCUAGAGAAAGAACAAAAUGUGAGAAUCAGACGCAAGGAGUGCUUUGAUGGAUACUUGGGUUCAAUUGAGGCUGACGGUUCAAAUGUUUUUGUGGACUGGGUGAAGCAAAACCAGAUCAAGACU